ACAACCUUCCGAAAUUGCGUAGUUUGCAACAGCAGGUGGAUCCUAAGCACGUCAUGGACUUGGCUGGCGGUUUUAGGUUUUGAAUUAUAAUGGACUUAGAUAUACAGUAGACUUCCUUGCAAUCCCGUCGUGUCACGGGCUUGGAAAUUCGAGUUCUGCAAUGGAAGAAUUUGUUGGGUUAUAAACACCGUGAUAGAAUCGUGCAAGCACCACAAAAGUACUCUGCAAACACUGAGACGGGCUAUGGCGUAUCAGUACUCCAAACAGCCAUGGAAAGCGCUCUACCUAGCCUUUCAGGUCCCUGUGACCUUGUUUGUGCGACUGCCUGUGUGGGCGGUAACAUAUAUUUUCCCUUCCGCCCGGCCACGACCAACAUGGUCGUGGAGACAUGCAAUUGCGGUUGCACUCCUUCGACGUGUAACUGCCACCGCUGCUCUCGUGGGCGGCUUUGGACCUGUCCCCAACCAUCGUGCAAUAACUCCUGCAAAAAAUGGAGAAGGUGUUUGGAUCGACGGAGUACCCCACCUCAUUACAGCUGAACUCAAAGUCUGGACCACGCUCUCCAACGUUGAGCCCAUUCGUAUCCCAGGAUACUGGCUUGGAAAGAAAGGUAUCUCCCAUAUACCCGAUUCACCAGUACAGCCUGGUAAAAAGGUGUUUAUAUUUUUCCACGGAGGAGGAUAUACCGUCGAAUGUGCCCAUCCAGACGGUGGCACAGCCAACAUACCCCGCGCGCUGAUCGAACUGGAUCCCCGUAUCCCACGUGCUCUGGCGGUCGAGUACCGGCUUUCAUCUACUCAUCCAUUACUUGAUCGUCAUCCGUUCCCUACCGCUCUUCUGGACGCACUUGCAGGGUACAAUUACCUCGUGAAUGUCGUAGGCUACAGCCCACACGAUAUCAUUGCAGCCGGCGAUUCUGCAGGCGGGAAUCUGGCCUUGGCACUUGUACGAUAUCUUACUGAAAGCGUGUCCGCUACUGAGGUGUCCUUGCCAGGACCACCUGGCGGUCUCUUACUCUUCUCACCCUGGACGGAUUUGAGUAAUUCGCAUGACACCCCUGGCUCCUCUUUCCUCACUAACACUAUGGACUUCCUCGACGAUGGAGGUGAGGGUUCUUUCGUAUCCUAUUGCAAACAAGCUUUUCUCGGACCUUAUGGUCUUGGAAUGGCCUCCUGCAAUCGCUACAUCUCCCCUGCAUGCAUGCAUCCCUCCGUUCAAGCUCGAUUCAAAGGCUUUCCACGGACGCUCAUCACUGCUGGCGAUGCAGAGAGGCUGCUCGACCAGAUACGCACUCUGAGGAACAGGAUGGCCAUCGAUAUGGGAGCAGACAAAGUGACUUAUUACGAGGCGACGGAUGCUAUUCACGAUUGCCUUGCGUUUCCUUGGGAUCCCGCAUGUCCUGCAACGCUGAAAGCCAUUCAGCAAUGGCUCGCUCAGUGACCAUAUUGGGCUGGGUCAUAAAACAAUCCUCAAGCCUCAAGAAUGAUGUACUGGUAUCGCAACACCUCGUCUGCUUAAUGUGGUGCCCAUACUCUGUGUUAUGUAUUCAGGACCCCCUUGGAACAUGGACUACGAUAAUAAUUCACCUCCGGCGGCUUAGUUCACCUCUUUCAGGACCCCGGCCCUGGACUCGAACGUGAUCUCACGAGAUCCGGGGAAGGGACCGCUUCGUUAG